AUGCCACCUCUCCCACCGUACGAAUAUACCGGCCCGGUCGACUGUACCGUCGCUCCGGAUCCUAGUUCUCUCAAGGAUAAGAGUGUGAUUAUCACGGGUGGUGCAAAUGGAAUGGGUGAAGCGAUAGCCCGGACUUUAGCUUCUCAUGGGGCCUUUGUGACGAUUGGAGAUGUCAAUGAGGAAAGGGGGAAUGGAAUCGCUGCAGAAUAUCCAAACAUCCAAUUUGUCAAAUGCGACGUCAGAAACUGGGACGAACAGGUGAAUCUAUUCAAAAGUGGGAUUGAAAAAUCGCCCCAGAAGAGCUGCGAUAUUGCCAUUGCCAAUGCGGGGAUCGCGGCAACGUUUAAGGAUUCUCUGGUUGCGUUGGAUGAUCCACAUGGAGAGCCAGUCAAACCUGACCUGAACAUCAUGGAUGUAAACAUGAACGGGGUGCUGUAUACCCAGAAACUGGCGAUGCAUUAUUUCCGCGCACAACCGGACGAUGAGAGUCGAGAUCGCUGUUUCAUCAUCACGAGCAGUUUAGCGGCUUAUCUUGACUUUCCGCACAACUGGGAGUAUGUAUGUGCCAAGCACGCCAUCAAAGCGUUGAUGAGAUGCUCCCGGCACUUGGGAUGGCAGCAGGGUAUCCGGAUCAACACGCUUAAUCCAUACUUUAUGAAAACGACCAUUCUGUCGGAUGAAGUACACGACGUACUUGAGUCAAAGGGCGUGGAAUAUGCACUCCCUGAAGACGGUGCUGCUGCUGUUGUCAAGAUCGCUUGCGAUAGAACCAUUCCUGGACGUUCGUUCUAUAUUGUUCCACGAGCGACUGCGAAAGAGGGCUUUUUAGACGGAGACCAGGACGACCAUCAAGGAUCGCCAGAGUAUAUCAAGGAAUUCCAAAAGUUCUGUCUUGCUGGUGUUGAGCAGCCGUGGGAGUGA